GUGGAGUCUAACUCUAAGUCUGUCCCAGUGUCUGGACUGGAGAUGGAUCUCCCCAAGCCACCAGAAGAUCAUGACCUGAAGAACAUAAUUGAUAAACUGGCCCAGUUUGUUGCCAGAAAUGGACCAGAAUUUGAACACAUGACAAAACAAAAACAAAAAGAUAAUCCAAAGUUUUCCUUUCUCUUUGGCGGAGAGUUCUUCAACUAUUAUCAAUAUAAAGUUACCACAGAGCAAGCAGUGGCCAAGAAACAACAACAACAGUUAGUGCAACAACAGCAAAUGGUGCAACAAGUGAUGACACAACAAGCCCUUCAGACAGCACCAUGGCAGCAACCUCCACAGGCCAACCAACAAAUUCAAAACCUGCAGCAACAGAUUGCUCAGCACCAAGUGAUGAUGGACCAACAAAUACAACAGAGUGAACAAAACCUUGCAGCACAGUACCAGAGCUUCAUACAGCAACAACAGAUUCAGAUAGAAGAGGCCAUAGUGAAGUCUAGAAAUGAGCAGCUGGAGAAACUGUGUGCCGAAUGUGACAUUAAAAUGGAGGAUUUGGAUGGCACAGUUCAGCCAAUCAUUGACUCCUGCACCAAGGAUGCAAUCCUGAAUGGAAAAAGCUGGAUAUUUCAGCAUUGUACUGCCACAGAAAAGCACUGCGACCUUGUUGCGAAAUAUUUGCAAAAAAGGUUGGUACAAGCCAAUGUUGGCCUUAAUAGGAUCACAUCCAAGGAUGCAUUAUUUGAGAUGCGCUUACACUUGAUUUACCUAAUAAAUGAUCUAUUACACCACUGCAUAAGAAAAAAUGCUGGUGAGUUAAAGAUCAGUUUGGAAAAAGUAGUGGUUCCAAUAUUCUGUACAGCAAGUUCAGGGAUUGAGGAAGACAAGAAGCAAAAACUUAAUAAGUUAUUGAACCUCUGGGAACAGAACAAGUACUUUUCUCCGGAAACCAUUGAGCAACUGAAGAAUCCAACUCUAGCUUUAACAAAUUAUCAGACAAAUUUGCUCAAUGAACAUGCAGCAGUGGUUAGUCAGAUCAGUGCAGCAACACAGCAGAAGUAUGCAAAUCUGCAGAAACAGCACCAGGACUUCAUGGCUCACCUUAACAACCAGCUUCAGCAACUUCAGCAACAGCUACAGAUGUUACAGCAACAACAACCCCCACCCCCACCCCAGGUGAUCAAUCCCAUGGUAGAGGGAAUGCCACCAGGGAGUGCCAUUCCCCCUGGAAUUCCACACUCGGCUCCCCUACCUGCCUCAAUGGGUCCCGGUCCCCAACAGAUCCCAUCCUCAGCCCCCAUGGCUGUUCCUCCCAGUGGCCUUGGAGACCCACAAGUUGUACAGGUCACACAAAUAAUGCCAACACCUUCUGUUGUCGGAGAGCAGCCCCCACCUGUGACGUCAGAACCACCACCUCUGAUGCAGCAACAACUAGGUCCAAUGCCAGGGAACCAGCCACUCCAGGGAAUGCCUCCAGGAUCUGCCCCUCAACAGUUUGGUCCACCACCUGGUGGAUUUGGUGGACCCCCACCAGGAUUUAGAGGACCACCCCCUCAGAAUGUUGGUCCCGGUGGUCCACCAGGAGGCUUACCCCCAGGUUUUACCCCAGGUCCUCCUGGACCAGGUCCAAACCAGAAUCAGUUUGCCCUCCCAGAUCUUAGCAAACCUCCCCCAGGAUUCCCUCCAGGACUACCCCCCUUUGCAGGACCACCCCCCUCAGACAUUGACCUGACACCUUCAGUGCCAUACUAUGAGCUACCUGCUGGACUGAUGGCACCACUGGUCAAGCUUGAAGACCAUGAAUAUCGUCCUUUAGAUCCCAAAGACAUUCGUUUACCACCCCCUAUGCCACCAAGUGAAAGAUUACUGUUAGCUGUGGAAGCCUUCUACAGUGCUCCAACUCAUGAAAGACCUAGAGACAGUGAGGGAUGGGAAAAAUUGGGUCUCUACGAGUUCUUCAAAGCAAAGCAGAGAGCAAGAAAAUUAAAAGAGGAGGAAAAAGAAGCAGAAAGACAACAAAGGGGUCGACGAUCAAGGUCACAGUCAAGAUCUCGUUCCAGGUCAAGGUCGAGAUCACGCUCUCGGUCAAGAGAAAGGGAAAAAUUUCGAGACAGAGAGGAGAGAAGAUCCAGAAGCAGGUCAAGGUCAAGAUCAAGGUCACCAUCACCUUCACCCAGGGGUCGCAGGAGGCGCAGUGGAAGGAGAAGCAGGUCAAGGUCAGAGUCACCUUUACCCUAUCAAAGAAGCAGCAGGUCACCUUCACCACCACCACGACAACGUAGGGUGUCCCGGAGUCCAACACCAACAAAUGAAUUUGUUGGGAUGGGAGCAUCACAAACAUUAGGAGACUCCAAGUUAGGACAGGACAAUAAAGGGCAUCAGAUGCUGAUGAAGAUGGGGUGGGGAGGUAAGGGGUUGGGAGCUACAGAGCAGGGCAUUGUGGACCCUAUUUCUGGUGGGGAUGUAAGGGACAGACAAGACAUGUUCAAAGGAGUGGGAUCAGAUCUCAAAGAUCCAUUUGAACAGUUCAGAAAGAACAAGAGCCAUGGAUUCAUUGCCAGGAUGAAGGCCAGGGAUGAAAUGAGAGAAAAAAGUAAGAAGGACAGGGACCAGGAUAAUUGACCACUGGAAUUUAUUGUACAUAGAUUGUCAUAUCUCAUCAAGUGUGAACUUCACAAUAAAAUCAUGACAAAAUUA